GCGCCUAAACCCCACAACUUAUAAAUCCCAAAGUUUUGUACUUUUUUUUGCCCUUAUUCUGAUGGAAACCGAAAUGAGUAGCUGCGACAACAUCGUCGGCGAUGAUACAUGGCGAGCGGAAGCAGAAAUCGGUGGCAACGAGAGGGCUUUGCAAGCGCUUCGUGAACUCAUCAUCUUCCCUUUUCGCUAUCCUCUCGAAGCUCGAACUCUUGGUCUCAAAUGGUCUAGAGGGUUGCUCUUAUACGGCCCCCCUGGAACCGGAAAGACAAGCUUGGUGCGUGCCGUUGUCCAGGAAUGUGAUGCACAUUUGAUUGUUUUAAGUCCCCAUUCUGUACAUCGAGGACAUGCAGGAGAAAGCGAGAAGGUCUUAAGGGAUGCUUUUGCUGAGGCUUCUUCUCAUGCUGUUUCAGACAAGCCGUCUGUGAUUUUUAUUGAUGAAAUCGACGUUCUUUGUCCUCGGCGUGAUUCUAGACAAGAGCAGGAUGUCCGUAUUGCUUCUCAACUCUUUACACUCAUGGACUCAAACAAGCCUUCAUCAUCUGCACCAAGAGUUGUUGUAGUAGCGUCCACAAAUAGGCUGGAUGCGAUUGACCCUGCGUUAAGAAGGGCGGGACGGUUUGAUGCUUUAAUUGAAGUGAGCACGCCAAAUGAGGAGGAUCGUUUAAAAAUCCUUGAGCUGUACACAAAGAAAGUCAGUUUAGACCCUACUGUUGAUCUACAAGCUAUAGCAACAUCUUGUAACGGUUAUGUUGGGGCAGAUUUGGAAGCUUUAUGUCGUGAAGCAGCCAUAUCUGCAAGCAAAAGAUCCACUGAUUCUCUCAUCCUAACAUCGCAUGACUUCAAGAUUGCAAAAUCUGUGGUUGGUCCAAGUAUAACAAGAGGCAUCACAGUUGAAAUUCCUAAAGUGACAUGGGACGAUGUUGGUGGUCUUAAAGACCUAAAGAAAAAGCUCCAGCAAGCUGUUGAAUGGCCAAUCAAACAUUCAGCUGCAUUUGUAAAAAUGGGAAUAUCGCCGAUGCGUGGAAUACUCCUCCAUGGUCCUCCAGGUUGCUCAAAGACAACUCUUGCUAAAGCUGCUGCGAAUGCUGCUCAAGCUUCCUUCUUUUCCUUAAGCUGUGCUGAGCUAUUUUCUAUGUAUGUUGGAGAAGGUGAAGCGUUAUUGCGGAACACGUUUCAAAGAGCUCGACUUGCUUCUCCUAGUAUAAUAUUCUUUGAUGAAGCUGAUGUUGUCGCCUGUAAAAGAGGCGAUGAGAGCUCAAGCAAUAGUUCUACAGUUGGGGAAAGACUUCUAUCUACACUGUUAACCGAAAUGGAUGGUCUUGAAGAAGCAAAGGGAAUUCUCGUCUUGGCUGCUACAAACCGCCCCUAUGCAAUUGAUGCUGCUCUAAUGCGACCUGGUCGAUUUGAUCUCGUACUCUACGUGCCACCACCUGAUCUAGAAGCUCGGUUUGAGAUACUUCAAGUGCAUACACGCAACAUGAGUCUAGGAAACGACGUUGAUCUCAAGAAAAUCGCUGAAGAAACCGAGCUCUUUACUGGUGCUGAGCUCGAAGGUCUAUGCAGAGAAAGCGGAACUGUCUCACUUAGAGAAAACAUUGCAGCAACCGCUGUGUUCAAUCGCCAUUUCCAGACCGCGAAAAGCUCACUUAAGCCCGCGUUGACAGUCGAAGAAGUCGAAACUUAUGCAUCGUUCAGGAAGACGAAAGGAGUGGAUUCAAAACCGGUUCCGGUCAAGAAAAAGAAGGAGAAUUCCACUGUUUUCGGUUCAGGGUUCUCAUGGACAUUUGGUGUUUUGAGCUUAGUGUUGUUUGCUACUGGAAAUUAUUACUUUAGCCAGAUUAAACGUGAGCUAGUAGUUGCUGCUGCUACAUGAAUCUUUAAA